UGUCACCCCGAAGAAACUAUUCUCUGGUGGCGGAGACACCGCGAAGAAUCUACCGGAAGAUACUCGACGCAGCGGCGACGAUUGGGGAGAAAACUAAGGAUGACUCAUCCAUCGGCCAUUGCCGGUCCUUGCAGCGGAACAUGUCAAUGUCGAUGAGCGCUCCCGUCUCGCCAAAGGUAGCGGCAGCACCACCGACUCCGGUGACAUGUCACAGGCGGGAACUGCCGGAGGUGGCUGCCGGGUGGCCAUUGCGAAGGAAGGACAUCAUGCCUGCCUCGCCGGAGUGUUCGGAGAUGUCUGUGGUUGAGUGGGCAAUGCGGCUUCCAAGCCGGUGCUCACUGCUAUCGCCAGCCAGUUCAGUCAAAACUUCCGAUCACCAGGCGACCUCUCAAUCGAGAAGCGAUUCGACAGAGCCGCCGUCUCCGGUGACCGAGGAAGCAGCGGAGCUGGUCUCGAUCAGAGAGAAGUACUCGUCAAUGUACACCAUGUUCAGUUACAGUGAUCUUGCGAGGAUCACCUCUGACUUCUCCCCAGAGCGGGUAGUGGGGAAAGGUGGUGCGAGCCAUGUUUACAGUGGCCGUUGCGAAGACGGCAAGGAGCUGGCGGUGAAGGUCUUGAAAUCUUCAGCCGAGGUGAUGAAGGAGUUCGUCGGGGAGAUCGGCAUCGUCAGCUCCGUCGAGCACAAGAACGCCAUGGCCCUCGUCGGGUUCUGCGCCGAGCGCGGCAAGCUCAUGCUGGUCUACGACUACAUGCGCAGAGGCAGCCUGGAGGAGAUCUUGCACGGGGAGGAGAAAGAAUGCAAGGGCUCAAGGUUAGAUUGGCCGGAGAGAUUCAAGGUGGCCGUGGGAGUCGCGCGCGCCCUCAAUUAUCUCCACGGCGGCGGCCACACCAAGUGUCCGGUGAUUCACAGGGACGUCAAGUCCUCCAACAUCCUCAUCUCCCAAGAUUGCGAACCCAAGCUGUGCGACUUCGGCCUCGCGCUGUGGGCGGCGGACGCGGCGGCGCAGGUCACCGGCGACGACUUGGCCGGCACGUUCGGGUACUUGGCCCCUGAGUACUUCAUGCACGGCAAGGUCAGCGACAAGAUGGACGUGUACGCCUUCGGGGUGGUCCUUCUGGAGCUCGUCUCCGGGAGGAAGCCGGUGAGCUCAGGUGGCCCCAAGGGCCAGGAGAGCAUAGUGAUGUGGGCGAAUUCCGUCGUGCAAGGUGGGAAGCUGACAGAGCUCGUCGAUCCGAGCCUUCCGACGGACGGCGACAACGCCGGCGAGAUGGAGAGAAUAGCCCUCGCGGCUGCACUCUGCAUCCGUCGAGCACCGCACGUUCGGCCUAGCAUGGCAAACGUCCUGAAGCUGCUCGACGGCGACAGCGACGCCGUCCAGUGGGCGAGGUCGCAGCUGGGCAUGCCCAACGCCUGCGACGACAACCACGGCGACAAAGAUUAUGACAGCGCGGCUGCUUUGCCUGACAAGAACGACAUCCAGUCGUACAUCAAGCUCGCUCUGCUCGACGGCGGCGACGAGGAGGACGACGACGACUCCGCGUCCGUGGGUUGCGCCGCCGACUUCAUCGCCGGCAACAUGUCGCUGGAGGAGUACAUGAAGGGGAGGUGGAGCCGGUCGUCCAGCUUGACUGAAGACGGAGGCUCCAACCAUGGCGGGAGUGCACGAGUUUUUGUGUAGAUACCAUCAACAAUUCGUUUGAUUCUUUCGUGUAUGUGUAUAUAUGUUGAGUUCAGUUUUCUCUUUCUAUAGUUAGUAGGGUGGUUGCACAGUUUUGAUGUUUCAUCUAGCUAGUCAUUCAUGGAUUUGUUACAACAUCUGUACCAUUCUCCUCCAAGGACCAAAGGAGAAAAAUGUAUACAUUCCAGUUUGAAGUUUCUAUGA